UCGUUGGGUUUAGGGGUCGAUUUAGGUUUCCAAUUUAGGUUUGCGAUUUAGGGUUUAAUUUCGAGUAUGAGAUUUUGUGGUGCCCGAAUUGUGCAGUUGGCAACCUGCAAUUUAGCGAUUUCCCGUGUGCAAUUGGCAAUGGGUAUUUAGGGUUCAUGACUGUUAAUAUGAGUUUUGAUUGUUCAAAUGCAGGAUGUCGAGUUCUUCCCAGCAUUCGAGCAGAACGUGGCCGAGGUUUGAGGCAGUGGUCUGUGAUCACGGUCUUGAAGCUGAUGUGGUGACAUCCAAUACGAAUGCCAAUCCCGGACGACGCUUCUAUCGUUGCCAAGUCUGGAAGGAGGACGACUGUAAAUUCUUUCGUUGGAUUGAUCCAUCAUUGUCACCGAAUCAAGAGUAUUUUUUCAAAAAACUGAAGCUUGAUAGGGACAACGUGCAAAGAGCAUUGAGAGAUAGGGUUGCUAAGCAGGAUGCACUCGACGAGAGCGUCUGUUCGAAAAUCGUUGAAGUUGAAGCACUCCAAGGUGUUGUCGGACAGUUGCAGCGUCAAAACCGGAACUUGAAGGUGUCAUUUGCAUGUUAUGUAUCGUCUUGUGGAUCUUGUUGUAGCUUAGCUAACAUAACUUCGGAUCUUGUUGUAGCUUAGCUAACAUAACUUCUAUGUAAUGAUCUAUGCAUGUUGAACUCCAAUGUAAUACACUCCUAUGUAGUGAAUUUUCCUCUAUGAAUGCAUUGAGUUUUGAGUUCAAAA